AAAAGAAAAAUUAUAACAACGAUUUAUUACAUCAGUUAUUAUUCCUUCCUUCAACAGAUCUUUGAGCUAUUUAAAUUAAAAGUGUGAAUAUCUAAAAACUUUCAUAAAAAUGACGGGUUACAUGCCACCAAUUCAUAUGCCAUUGGAAUCAAAAUGGCGACAUUAUCCAACGUAUAUCUACGAAAGAAAUUACGGAUGCGGAAUAAAUUAUUAUCAACCAAUGAUCGAUUACAUAGAUACCAAACGACUCGCUUUGAGAUCAACUUCACCGGAGUAAAAAAGAAUAGAAUUACCUGAAUUACCCUGGUCUGACGGUAGAGUUUUAUGGGAAACUAAGAAAGUGCAACCUUACACAAGAGAUGAUAUGAUUAAACAUGCGAUUGACGCUGAGGACGAAGCCAGAAAUCAUCUUUCUUAUUUUAAGGUACGACAAUAGAAAGAAAAAUAUAUUGUUAAGUUUUCACGAAGGGGAGCUUUUGGGAAAAACAAGGCGAUCCGUUUUCCGAGUGCCGCGAGACUUGGCGACUUGUUUGACCUUUUCGGUUUCUAAAUUUGGUGUCGCGGAAGAAGUUGGUUCGUUUUAAGUGACAAUGAUCAAAGACAUGUGCACGAAUGCCGUGCGUCAUUCGUGUCAUUAUUGACAUUGCAUUUCUC